UCCUCUCGGCAUCCGGCAAAAAUAAAUUAUUUCUAUCUAAAAACCGCUCUACAACACACCUCUUCGGCACGAAUGGACCUUGGAAAUACUUGGGCCGGGCCGGGAUACACAGGUACGCCCAAAGAUACCACGAUAAUCAACCACAUGAUGCUCAGGUUCCGGCCUAUUGCGCCCAAGCCCGUAGCUAAUUCUUCGGGCCCGGGCACUACGCCGGAAACUCUUGUUGUUGGAAAAAGAAGAACAAAGAGAAAGUACGUUAGAGUUAAGAAAAAUGACAAGUGCAAGAUUAUUGAUAAAAAAGAAAAAAGUGAUGGAUCAUCGGAUGAUCAUCAAACUGUUGUAACUCUUCAGCUAUUACCGGAAAGUAGUGGAGGAGUUAAAAGUUUGCCGGAGAACAGAUCUUACCCAAAAACUAUCAACUUUUUCGUGCAAGACCGAUCAUCAAUAUGGAUAAAUAACAAUAUUUUAUCUAUCGGUGCACCGGAUCCGUCAGAUCGAACGUCAGAAGAGAUCCGAUCUCCGGUGGUUGUGGAAUCAUGGGUGAUGGUGGACGGUUUAACAAACACUACUUUGGUAGAUUUAUCAGCUUUAGGAAGUACGGACAUGGAGAAGAUGAUGAAUCUACAGCGUGACACGUGUCCGGGGUUCAUAUCGGACGGUUUAGAUAGCGUGAAAUGGGUGAAUCUGGCGUAUCGGAGAAUGAUAGAUCCGGUAGAUGACGGAGGAGAAGCGCCGGAGAUGGCGGUGCGUUUAGUAGUGAAGGAGAAUAAAAGUGCAGCAUUAUUAUUAUUGCCAAGUUUUGCAUGCAUAGUAAGAAUUGUGUAUACAUGGAAUAAAGUGAAGCAGUCAAGGACAAUGCCUUGUGAUGUAUGGAAGAUGGACUUUGGGGGAUUUGCAUGGAAAUUUGAUGCUAAGGCUGCACUUAGCUUGGGCCGUUGAAGGGUAAAUAAACCCGACAAUAGUAAUUCAAUCUAAGGUAAUGUCAUUUUUAUAUAUUUAAAUGUCAUGAGAACUGAUGAAGUCCUAAGUGAAACAAAAUAAUGAUCCCUAAAGUUUGUGCUUUGGCUGAUAACUAAAUCUAGCUAGGGCAAAAAUGAUGCGUACCUCUCCCUAUUCAAAACUCUACUUCUAAAUGUGAAAAAUGUUUGCUGGAAA